AUGCUGGACACUGAGAUUACCAUCAAAUCUGAAACCAUCAAUCAUUACACAAUUGUUUUGGGAUCAAAUCCACAUCCUUAUCCAGGUAUUGACCACCUCUCUCCUUUUUUACAACCUGUUUUACCAUCAUAUUUUCAUCCAUCUCUAUUCUCUAUACCCUCGGAUGAUGAGAUUAAACAAUGCAUGUUCUCACUGAAUAGUGAUAAGGCCCAAGGGCCUGAUGGUUUCAAUGCUUUCUUCUAUAAGAAAGCUUGGCCAAUCAUUGGACAAGAUGUCACUAGGGCCAUUAAGCAAUUUUUCAUCAAUGGAGAACUUCUCAAGGAAGUUAAUACUUCAUACAUUGCAUUGGCCCCAAAAAUCUCCAACCCAACAAACCUCAGUGAUUUUAGGCCCAUUUCAUAUUGCUUCACACUCUACAAAUGUUUUUCUCAUGUUUUCUUGGGUUGGAUUCAAACUUGUGUAUCCACUGCAUUCUUCAGCAUCUUAAUUAAUGGUGAACUUUGUGGUCAUCUUAGAAGCAUCAAGGGCUUAAGGCAGGGUGAUCCACUCUCACCCUUCCUUUUCACAAUUAUAAUGCAAGGCUUCUCCUCAAUUGUUGGCAAGUUCAUUACUGAAAUGUCCUUCAAGCAUCAUUGGAGAUACAAAGAGUUAGGGUUGUCUUACUUAAUUUUUGCAGAUGAUCUAAUGUUGUUCUCACAUGCUAGUUUACCAUCAGUUCAAACACUUAAAUCUGCAAUAGACAUGUUUUACUCUCUCUCAGAUCUUCAAGUCAAUCAAAGCAAGAGUCAAGUGUUUCUAUCUGGGGUAAGCUCACAACUGGAAUCUGAUAUCCUUGGAUUAUUGGGGAUUGAGAAAGGUCUACUUCCUGUUAGGUACCUUGGUGUACCAUUAAUAACCAAAAUGUUGAGAGCUGAUGAUUGUAAAACCCUUGUAGAUAGGAUUACUUCAAGAAUUGCUCAUUGGACAAACAAGCUUAUUUUGCUGGAAGACUCUAGUUCAUUAGAGUAA